AGGUGCCAACAAUUAACCCUAACUGACCAGGGUUUUUUUUUUUUUAAUUUUUUAUUGUAAAAAAGAUGAUGGAAAUUAGGUCAUAGGGUGUAGUUGUUGUAUUGCAGUUAAUUUGAAUAACUCAAAUUGUGUAUAUGGGAUGUUAUUUAAUAUUUGGGGUGAGUUGGUGGCGGCCAGACACGGUUGUAUUAAUGUACUGCAGAUAUGAAUGUUGAAUAGUCAAGUAGAUGGGUAAAUAUGAAGAAAAUUUCUUCUCUUGAAUACUUCUAAUAAUGAACAGAAGGAAACAGAAUAAAAGAAAUUGGGUGGUUUCAAAGUGGUUCCUUUUAAUUCUGUGAGUUUCAAAAAAGUUAUGUUUCUUUCUUGAAUAAUGGGUUCAAGAAUUCAGGUCUUUCUGCUGGUUAUUUCUGUCCAAAUUUUACUUGUGGCGGCGUUUACGAAUCCUCAGGAUGUUGCUGCUAUAAGCGCUCUCAGAGAUGCCUGGCAGAACACACCACCCAGUUGGGUUGGGCAAGAUCCAUGUGACAACAAUUGGGAAGGAAUUCAGUGCACCAAUUCACGUGUGACAGCUAUAACAUUAGCGAGCAUGAAUUUGACUGGUCAGCUGCCCGGAGACAUUGGAUCGUUGUCUGAAUUACUGACUCUGGAUCUAUCUUACAACCCGGGCUUGACAGGUUCUCUUCCUGCAUUAAUUGGAGCUUUGACAAAGCUAUCAAACCUACUCCUGGUUGGUUGCGAUUUCUUUGGUCCAAUUCCUAACGAAAUAGGAUCUCUGCAGCAGCUGGUCAAGUUGGCUCUAAAUUCCAACCGCUUCACUGGAAAGAUACCUCCUACAAUCGGUAAUCUAGCAAAUCUUUAUUGGUUGGAUCUGGCUGACAAUAAGCUUGAGGGAACCAUCCCUGUCUCUAAUGGGACCACACCUGGUCUGGAUAUGCUGGUCAAAACGAUGCACUUUCAUUUUGGAAAGAAUAAUCUCUCUGGCGAAAUCCCACCUAAACUUUUCAGUUCAAACAUGAGUCUGAUACAUUUGCUUUUGGACAGCAAUCAACUCAGUGGCAACAUCCCUUCAACGCUAGGAUCAAUGCAGAAUUUGGAGGCGCUACGUCUUGAUAGGAACUUAUUAAAUGGGUCUGUACCACCGAACCUCAACAACCUUGUAAAUGUUCGAGAGCUGUUCUUGUCAAACAAUCAACUGUCUGGCUCCUUGCCCAAUCUUACAGGCAUGGCCACUCUGAACUACAUGUCUAUUAGCAAUAAUUCUUUUAACGGGUCAGAUUUUACUGCAUGGUUUUCAACCAUACAAUCUUUGACAACAUUGACCACAUUGAUGAUGGAAAAUGUAGGACUUCAAGGUAAAAUUCCCACCGCUCUCUUCGGCCUUCCUCAAUUACAGACUGUUGUAUUGAGGAACAACAAGCUUAAUGACACUUUGGAUGUUGGCUCCAGCUUUAGCAGCCAACUGCAACUUAUAGAUUUGUGGAACAAUUCGAUAGAUGGCUUUACAGAGAGAGCGGGACUCAAGUUUGAGUUAAUACUUGGACAAAAUCCAUAUUGCACGGGAGCAUCACAAAAUAAAUAUUGUACCGUUGAACAGUAUAAUCCCUUAUAUCCACCACAAACAAAUAAUUGUAUGUCUACCACCUGCAGUUCAGAUAAAAUUGCCAGUCCCAAUUGUGUAUGUGAAUAUCCGUACACGGGUACCAUAGUCUUCAGAGCUCUUUCCUUUUCAUACCUUGGAAACCCAAGAAUCUACACAUCUCUCACGAAUUCUCUGAUGGAUUCUUUCCAGUCACUUAAACUCCCUGUGGAUUCAGUUUCUCUGGGUAAUCUAACUGCGGAUUCAGAUAAUUACUUUGUGCUAAAUGUCACAAUUUUUCCAUCUGGCCAAGAUUAUUUCAAUCGAACAGGAAUUUAUGAGAUUGGGUUUUUCUUUGUCAACCAAACUUUCAAGCCUGAAGAAAAGUUUGGAUUUGGACCCUAUGUUUUCCAUGCUGCCAUGUAUGGGAAUUUUGAAGGAUCUGCAGGAACUAACAACAAGUCAUCAAGUACUGGCAUAAUUAUUGGAGCAGCAGUUGGUGGUUCUGUCCUUUUGCUAUUGUCUCUCCUUGCAGGAAUUUAUGCUUUCCGUCAAAAGAGAAGAGCUGAAAUUGCUGAUAAACAGAACAAUCCAUUUGCUUCUUGGGACCCAAGUAAAAGCGAUGGUGAUGUUCCACAGUUAAAAGGAGCUAGGAAUUUCACAUUUGAAGAGCUUAGGAAAUACACAAACAAUUUUUCAGAAGCCAACAGCAUUGGAUCUGGUGGUUACGGAAAGGUAUAUAGAGGAACUCUUCCCACCGGGCAAUUGGUUGCUGUCAAAAGGGCUCAACACGGAUCCAUGCAGGGUGGUAUUGAAUUCAAAAGUGAGAUUGAGCUUCUAUCGAGGGUACAUCAUAAGAACAUUGUCAGCUUGGUGGGUUUCUGUUUUGAGCAAGACGAACAAAUGUUGGUGUAUGAGUAUAUUCCUAACGGUACACUGAGGGAGAGUCUUUUAGGGAAGUCAGGAAUCAGGUUGGAUUGGAUGAGGCGGCUUCGAAUAGCCCUUGGAUCAGCAAGAGGUUUGCAAUAUCUGCAUGAGCUUGCCAACCCUACGAUCAUACAUAGGGACGUCAAAACAAACAAUAUCUUGCUGGAUGAACGCUUGAAUGCAAAAGUUGCUGAUUUUGGUCUCUCCAAGUCAAAAGCUAUAGGUGACUCAGAAAAGGAUCAUAUUACCACUCAAGUCAAGGGAACAAUGGGCUAUAUGGAUCCUGAAUAUUACAUGACCAAUCAGUUGACUGAAAAGAGUGACGUUUAUAGCUUUGGAGUGGUAAUGCUAGAGUUGAUAACUGCAAGACAGCCGAUUGAGAAAGGCAAAUACAUUGUGAGAGAGGUGAAACAGAAAAUGGACAAGACAAAAGUUGGAUAUAAUCUUCAUGACGUUCUUGAUACAGCCAUUUUGGGCACUACAUUGGGGGGUUUAGAGAAGUUCGUGGAUCUGGCAAUGAGGUGCGUUGAAGAAUCAGGAGGCCAGAGGCCUACAAUGGGUGAGGUGGUAAAUGAGAUCGAGAACAUUAUGCGAAUUGCUGGUUUGAACCCCAAUGCUGAAUCGGCAACCACUUCAGCAAACUUUGAUGGGGUUAGCAGAGGGUACAGUCAUCCUUACAGUGAUGAAAGUCUCUUUGUUUAUAGCGGGGCCUUUCCACCUUCAAAGUUGGAGCCUCAGUGAGGUAACAAUUUACACUCACAAUUGUUGAUAUUCAUAGGGCGGUUGACAGGUAUUUGUGAAUGCAUUUUGAGUAGGAUAUAUGUAACCAUGUGGUGAAGAAUCAAACUGUGAACUGAAAUGAAUUCUUUGUUUUUGUUUCUUUUGUUGGACAGUAUUGGCUUGUGAAUACAGAGAGUGUGAUACAAGUAUAGCAGACUACAGAGUUGGGUAUAAGAGGAGUGAUGAGUUUGACUAGCUUUUUA